AGUUUUUGACGUCAGGAACGUUUGUUGAAAAUGACUGGAUGAACAAUGUUUUCGGUGAUCGGUUCGUUCAUCGGUGUUACUGUUCUCUCUGUACAGUUAUGACAGAGUCUUCUAAUUUCGGUUGUAUCUUUACCUUCGGUUUGUGUACUUCCUGUGAAAAUAAAACGCUCCCUUGGUUGAGCUUUGCAGUAAACUCCGACUUGAAUCGUUCAUAUGCGAAAGAAGCCGACCCGGAGCGGAGCUGUCCGGAACAUCCGGUCGUAGCUUCCCAACAUAAACAGCAAUGGCGGAGGCAGCAGUAGCGUCUACGGCGACUUCACCAGUAACAGGAGGUUGGACAAAACACGUAACCUGCAGAUACUUCAUGCAUGGUCUUUGCAAAGAAGGAGACAACUGUCGGUAUUCCCAUGAUCUGACCAACAGCAAACCCGCAGCUAUGAUUUGCAAGUUCUUUCAGAAGGGGAACUGUGUGUUUGGGGAACGUUGCAGAUUUGAACAUUGUAAACCGGCAAAGAAUGAAGAGCUGCCAGCCUCACAGACGCUGCUGCUUCCCUCCGUCUCGCUGGUCAGUCCAUCAGACCGAGAACCCAGCGGGCCUGUACCUGGCCCGGGGGCUCAAGACUGGGUCAAUGCUGCAGAGUUUGUCCCAGGACAGCCGUACUGUGGACGCGCUGAGCCAGUGAAGGUGGAGAGCUCCGUCCCUCUCAUUGAGGAGAAGGAUAGUGACACAGCACUGGAUAAGAAAGAGUUAAGGAAGCAGCUCUGCCCUUACGCCGCAGUUGGAGAGUGUCGCUAUGGAAUCAACUGUGCCUAUCUACACGGCGAUGUGUGUGACAUGUGUGGCCUCCAGGUGCUCCAUCCCACUGACAACACCCAGCGCUCCGAGCACACUAAGGCAUGCAUCGAAGCCCAUGAGAAAGACAUGGAGAUUUCAUUUGCCAUCCAACGCAGCAAGGACAUGAUGUGUGGUGUGUGUAUGGAAGUGGUGUUUGAGAAGGCCAACCCAAGCGAGCGCCGUUUUGGCAUCCUCUCCAACUGCAGCCACUGCUACUGUCUAAAGUGCAUUCGCAAGUGGAGGAGUGCCAAGCAGUUUGAGAGCAAAAUCAUCAAGUCUUGCCCAGAGUGUCGAAUCACAUCCAACUUUGUCAUACCAAGCGAGUACUGGGUGGAAGACAAGGACGACAAGCAGAAACUAAUCCAGAAAUACAAGGAUGGCAUGGGGACUAAACCGUGUAGAUACUUUGACGAGGGUCGUGGAACAUGCCCUUUUGGCUCAAAUUGCUUCUACAAGCACGCCUUUCCUGAUGGAAGGCUGGAGGAGGCUCAACCACAGCGAAGACAGACUGGAUCCAAUAGCAGGAACCGGAAUUCAAGGCGAACACCACUGUGGGACAUCUUUGACGAACGGGAAAGCACCGACUCCUUUGACAACGAGGACGAGGAGAUGGUGACGUUUGAGUUGAGCGAGAUGCUCCUUAUGCUGCUUGCCGCGGGAGCCGACGACGAGGUGACAGAUUCAGAGGAUGAGUGGGACUUGUUUCACGAGGAGCUGGACGAUUUCUAUGAGAUUUACCUAUAGCAGCCUCAUCCACUAUCUCCCCCAACCCAACAUGUAUACUAGACACUAGAGUGGACUGUCUUGUGCAAGUGAUGGACAGUAGCUUUUCCCCACCCCUUGUAUUGUGGCAGUGCCUUUAAGCAGGCCAUUAAUAAAUGAACUUAGAGGAAAACAAAAAAAAGACAAAAAUUCAGUGCGCUCGUGUUAAACGUUUUCUAGACAUCUAUCCUUGUGAGUCUGUCUUGUGCGGUUCAUGUUAAGAGGAAAAAUAAUAAAAUGACAAAAAGAACUCAAUAUAAGAUUUAACAAAAAAUAUAACUUUAACUAUUGCUAAUAAACAUUGUCAAGUUUA